GUCGCUCUCGUGGCUGUACGGAGUCCUUUAAAGCUCGCGUUCAUUACCAACAUUCGCAAACUGGAACCUUCCUCCCUAGAGGAAAUUGUCACCAACAAUAACAACAUGGAUAACGUCGCCUUCCCCACUGCUACCGCAGAUGCCCUAGGACCUCAAUUCAUUCAUGAUCUACCCGUCGAACUCCUCUACGAAAUAUUUCUUUGGGCUGUACAGGAUAAUCCUGUUGCCGACACGAACGCCAUCCAGUCACCAUGGGCCCUCAGUCAUGUCUGCCGGCAAUGGAGGCUUGUCGCGACUUCCUUCCCAUGUCUAUGGUCAACCAUACACGUAGGGCUGACGCGCGAGUCGCCGCGUCACUAUUUCUCUAUCAAUAAUACUGAGGGACUCGGAACCGCGCUCCGACGGUCUGGAACCACAGCCCUGACGCUCAGGGUGGAGUUUCCCGAUCGUGAACUCGCGGCAGGCCACUCACACCCACGCGACCUGCUGAAAACUCUGGCGUCCACGUCGCGUCGCUGGAAAGUUGUCAAAAUGAAAGCUUCCAUUUCCAUGUUCCACGAACUCUUCGAGUGCGUUGUGUUGGGGGCGGUUCCGCUCCUUCAAUCAAUUCAUUUUGAGGUGACUUCCGAUUCUUAUUGGGGAGCUACUCCCAUGACGGCGCGUCUCGCUGCUACCUUUGAAACGGCACCGAACCUCCGUUCUGCCACCCUCUUCCCAUUUCUUCCCAUCCGUUUACCUUCCUCCGAGCUAAGAGAACUUACAACCAAAGACCUAACGCAGACUGACUUGUCAUCGAUUAUCCACGACCUUCCUCACCUCGAAAUCCUGAAUAUGGCUGGUUUGAGAACCUGGCAUGCCAUAGGAUGGGCACCCAUGCUUCAAGUCCAUACGGCUCUGCGCGAAAUUCAGAUCGAGAGUGUGCAAGAUCUCUCCCAUUUCAUCCUUCCGGCGCUGACACAUCUCCGGCUUCUGAAGCCGUUCUGUUCGUCGCCGCAUAGUCCAGACUGGAGGACGAACCUGUCAUUGGAUGCACUCAAGCGGUUUAUCCUUCGUUCGGGUUGCUCUAUUCGCUAUCUUCACCUUCCUAUUCAUGAAGUUGCGCCGGAUGUGACCGGUAUCCUGUCUCUCCUCGUCGACACUACGAAUCUUCGGGUUGAUGUUGGGAACCCUUCUGUGUACGGGGAUCUCCUGGAAACGCUUCGAAGCAGAGAGGCGUUGCUACUUCCCAAACUAGACACUCUCGAGUUUUUCGGAGUAGAAAUGUCGCAGGAGAAUUUGGAGAACGUUUUGGACCUUGUUCGGUAUCGAUGGAAUCACCCAGUGUUGCAACGGAUAAACAGAGUAUAUGUUGAGAACUGGUCGUUCGUAUAUGAGGAUGGCCAUAGCCGUCUGAAUAAAACCACUGGGCGGCUACGAGCGGCAGAAGAUAACACGUUCGAGUUGGAGGGAGCUGGCGGUAACGGCCUCAUUGAAAAGUUCAAUGGCUCUUCACAAUUAGAAAACAACGUGGUGGUGCUCCAAAGAAGGAAACGACAAUCUGAUCGACGUUAUUGACGGUACUGAGAUCGUUGCGCCUGGUGUUGAAUCGCCGUGCCAGGCGUACCAUCGAGUUGUCGUCGCAAUUUGAACGCGAUUUUGGUCACGAAUGUCGUUUGCGAAAUGCCUUCAGGCCGGAGUUUCUUUUCAUCAAAAACCAUAGUUUCUUAUCCUGUUACGGAACCAAUUUCAUACAAAAUCAAGGGUCCAGGUCUGAAGAUCAACUUUCGGACCCACAGUAAUCGCGCGAUCAGGCUUACCUUAACAAAACGACAUUCAAGAUCAAAAUCGCGUUCGUCUUCCAUUCCUUUCUUUCUUCCGAUCCUAUCCACUCCUUGUUUUCAACCGUCUUACACUACUUCGAC